AUGCUCUACAAGGCUGAGGAGUUGCCGCUCCUGUGUAGUCAUUAUACUCAUCAAAUUGGAGAUACUUACUAUUUUGGAAUGGAAGAUUUAUUAACUGGAUACCUUCACCCCUCCAUUGUUGAUCUUAAAAUUGGUUUCGAAGCAUAUCCACCUGAAAUUGAUGAGCAUAAACGGGCUCGAGCUGCUGCAAAGUACCCAUGGAGGCGUGAUACUGGUUUCCUUCUUACUGGAAUGAAGGUUGAUUGCUUAUAUAUCAUAGCAGCUUUCAUCUCGCUUUCGUUACUUUGUAUAUUAUCGCUUUUUGUUGCAUGUUUGAUAGAUUUAAUUGAGCCUCAAAAUUUUAAUAUUUUUUUAAUAAAUGAGUUAUCCAUACAUAAACGUCUAUACAACUGUAUGAUGAUGUUGAGCUCUUUUUAUUUGGGUAAAUAA